AUGGGCGGAGAGUAUGAAACCUUGCCUACGCAGAAGACAUGGGUACACCUCGCAGCAGGUUCAGUUGCUGGCCUUGCUGAACAUUGUGUUAUGUUCCCCUUUGAUGUUGUGAAAACUAGACUGCAAAGCUUACGUCCUUGUCCGGAAACAAACUGUCCGACUGCUAUGCACUGUGUCAUGUCCAUGGCAAGGAGAGAAGGUUGGCUGGGGUCGUACAGAGGAGUAAAGGCAAUGGUUGCGGGUGCUGUCCCAGCACAUGCCUGCUACUUUACGGUAUAUGAAAAGUCUAAACAUUUGUUAACAGGGCAUACUGCUAAUGCGAAAGACAUGUUGGGGUAUGGAUUUUCUGGAGUUUUAGCGACUAUAGUUCAUGAUUUCAUUAUGAAUCCAGCGGAGGUGGUUAAGCAGCGAAUGCAAAUGUUCUUCAGUCCGUAUGGGAGUUGCGUGGAAUGUGCUCGUUGUGUAUAUCGCCUUGAGGGUGUCAAUGCUUUUUAUCGAUCUUAUGCUACUCAGCUGAUAAUGAACAUACCAUAUCAGAGCGUUCAUUUUAUGACAUAUGAGGCUGUGCAAAACAUUUUAAAUCCUGAGCAUAAGUACUAUCCUCUUUCACAUCUUAUUGCUGGAGGUGUUGCUGGAGGCUUUGCUGCUGCUGUUACAACUCCGUUGGACUGUAUCAAAACAGUUCUCAACACUCAACAAACGCCUGAAGUCACCGAAGGUUGUCGUAUGUUACUGAAGUCUCCUCCUGUCAUAUCUUACAAGGGCAUCGCAGAUGGGAUUAGGACAAUAUAUUUGUUUAGAGGUCUUUCCGGUUUUUUAAGAGGUAUUCAAGCACGUGUUUUGUUUCAAGUGCCUUCUACAGCCCUAAGUUGGUCAGUAUAUGAAUUUUUCAAAUAUAUUUUAUCUCUCGAUGAGAAGUCGGCUUAG